AUGGCCGUUUCGGUGACUUCAACUGUUAACUUAAAGUUUGGCGCUGGAUGGAUCUCGGAGCAAACCGGAAUCUUUAUGAACGACGAAAUGGACGACUUCUCAUCACCCAACGUCAUCAACUACUUUGGAGUACCACCCAGUCCGGCUAAUUUCAUCCGGCCGGGCAAACGGCCCAUGUCUUCCAUGACGCCCAACAUCAUCGUUAACUCGAGAACUGGACGGGUCCGUACCGUCAUAGGAGCGGCUGGUGGCACUAAAAUCACCACAUCUACCGCCUAUGUAAAUUUUAGCAAUUAUCUUUGGUUCGGGGAAACGAUCAAAGAGGCCAUCGACAGUCCGAGGAUGCACCACCAGCUGUUCCCGAUGAAAUUUCAAUACGAUAAGGGUUUAACAUCGGACAUUGUCAACAACAUGACGACCAGAGGACACAGCGUCACCGAGUUCCCUGGGAACGGAGCCGUCGUUUGCGGCAUUACGGUGGAAGCGGAUGGAUUUAUUUACGCCAACUCUGACUGGCGGAAAAGUGGCGAUGUCCAAGGCAUCGACCCAGUUGACUUGUAG